UAAACAACUCAAUCAACAAAACCAAAUCUUGUAUCUUAAUUCAACUUUUUUAAUAAAUCUUAUACAAAAUAUCCAUUUUUAUUUCUUCCUUACAUUUUUAGAGUAAACAUGCUUAUCAUUCUCUCAAUUUUCCCUCACUUUCUCUAGACUUUUUAUUUUUUCCUUUUCAUAUGGACGAUUCCACCACCGACAUUACCACCACCACCAAUGCCGCCACCGCAGACGACAGCGUUAAUGGCGGCAGCAAUGCAAGCAACAGGAACACAACUGAUAAAGUAUUUCACUCGAUCCGAGACCGUUUUAUUUUCAAACGAAACCCUAACUGCACAAAUAUUGCUGCUACUAUUAAUAACAACCAAAACAGAACCAAAUCCUCACUAGAUCGACGGUCUAGAUGGCAUCAUAAUUACAACAGUAACAAUAACACAAACAGAAGUAACCACCAGCACCGCAAGGGUUUUGUCUUCAGAGGCAUUUAUUUGUUUUACUUUGUGAUUUUUUUUGCUGUGUUUGGAUUUGCUAUGGCUUCUAUGAUUUUGCAAAGUUCGAUCGCGGGAAUUGUGUUCAGUAAAGGUCGAUGGAGUGAGGAUCGUCGUAGGGGAUCGAUUAGAGAUGAUUUGAGAUUAGGAAGUACAUUGAAAUUUGUUCCAUUGAGAAGAUCGUUGCGGCUUGUGAAAGGAGAUGGACUUGAUCGUGUUAGAUUGCAAGGUCAUAGAGUAGGGAUUCGGCCUCCGAGGCUUGCUAUUAUUUUAGGAAACAUGAAGAAAGAUCCACAUUCGUUGAUGCUUAUUACUGUGGUGAAGAAUCUACAGAAACUUGGUUAUGUGCUUAAGAUUUAUGCUGUAGAGAAUGGGAAAUCACAGCCAGUAUGGGAGCAAAUCAGUGGUCGAAUAUCAAUUUUACGACCAGAGCAAUAUGGUGGUAUUGAUUGGUCAAUUUUUGAAGGUGUUAUUGUCGACUCACUUGAAGCCAAAGAGGCCAUUUCCAGCCUUAUGCAGGAGCCUUUUUGUUCAAUACCAGUCAUAUGGAUAAUCCAAGAAGAUACCCUUGCAAAUCGUCUUCCGGUGUAUGAGGAAAUGGGCUGGGAAGAUCUCGUGUCUCAUUGGAGAAGAGCAUUUAAGAGGGCUAAUGUUGUUGUAUUUCCAGAUUUCACUAUGCCGAUGCUAUAUAGCGUGCUUGAUGCUGGAAACUUCUUUGUGAUUCCUGGAUCACCAAUAGAUGUGUGGGCUGCUGAAAGCUAUAGUAAGACCCAUGCCAGGCACCAGUUAAGGACGAGUAAUGGAUUCAAUGAGGAUGAUAUGGUGGUUCUAGUUGUUGGGAGUUCUUUCUUUUAUGAUGAGCUGUCAUUGGACUAUGCUGUGGCCAUGCAUACUCUAGGACCUCUACUAGUCAAAUAUGCAAGAAGAAAAGAUACUGAAGGAUUAUUUAAAUUCGUUUUCUUGUGUGGUAAUUCUACUGACGGUGAUGCGUUGCAGGAUGUAGCUUCUCGUCUGGGGCUUCUUCAUGGUUUUGUAAGGCAUUUUAGCUUAAAUGGCGACGUCAACGGUGUGCUAUUAAUGGCAGAUAUUGUUCUUUACGGUUCUUCCCAGGAUGAACAAGGCUUUCCUCCUUUAAUUAUCCGAGCGAUGACGUUUGGAAUUCCUGUCAUCGCUCCUGAUAUUCCUAUUAUGAAGAAAUAUGUUAUUGAUGGAGUUCAUGCGUUACUUUUUAAAAAAUAUAACCCUGACUCUUUGAUGAGGGCUUUCUCUCUAUUGAUAUCUGAUGGAAAACUCUCCAGAUUUGGUAAAACUGUUGCUUCCUCUGGAAGACUGCUUGCUAAGAACAUGCUUGCAUCAGAAUGUACAAUGGGUUAUGCAAGAUUAUUGGAAAAUGCAGUGAGUUUUCCUUCAGAUGCCUUGUUACCAGGCCCAACAUCUCCGCUUCAACAGAGUGUUUGGGAAUGGAACUUGUUCUGGAAUGAAAUAGUACCAGAAACUGAUGACUUGCUAGGCAUGGAUGGGAGGAAUUCUUCUUCCAGAGGAUCUAGCGUUGUAUAUUCACUUGAGGAAGAGUUGACUUAUCAUACAGAUUCAACUAGCGUCUCUAAAAAUGGAACUGAAGUUCUGGUUCCAGAUCUCCCAACUGAAUCUGAUUGGGAUAUUUUAAGGGAAAUAGAUAGCUUAGAAGAAUAUGAGAGGCUAGAGACAGAGGAGCUUAAAGAAAGAACAGACAGAAGCCCUGGUGUCUGGGAUGAAAUAUAUCGUAAUGCUCGAAAAUCUGAGAAACUAAAGUUUGAGACAAAUGAAAGAGAUGAGGGAGAGCUUGAAAGGACAGGCCAGCCAGUUUGUAUUUAUGAGAUAUAUAAUGGACCUGGGGCUUGGCCAUUUUUGCAUCAUGGUUCUCUGUAUCGUGGGUUAAGUCUUUCUUCAAAAUCACGGAGAUCAAGAUCAGAUGAUGUGGAUGCAGUUGGUCGGCUUCCCAUCUUAAAUGACACUUACUAUCGCGAUAUACUCUGUGAAAUUGGAGGAAUGUUUUCUGUUGCGAAUGUGGUGGAUAAUAUUCACCAGAGACCUUGGAUUGGGUUUCAAUCAUGGCGUGCUGCUGGUAGGAAGGUUUCAUUGUCGUUCGAGGCUGAAAAGGUUUUAGAAGAAAAGAUACAAAGAGAAACUGAAGGAGAUGUAAUGUACUUUUGGGCAUGCUUGGAUGUGGAUAGUGGAGUUACAGGAAGCAAUAAUGAACUCACUUUUUGGUCCAUGUGUGACAUCUUAAAUGGAGGGCACUGCAGAACUGCUUUUGAAGCUGCUUUCCGACAUAUGUAUGCCUUGCCAUCCGAUUUUGAAGUUCUUCCUCCUAUGCCAGAAGAUGGAGGUCACUGGUCUGCCUUACAUUGCUGGGUGAUGCCAACACCUUCCUUUCUAGAGUUUAUUAUGUUUGCUCGGAUGUUUGUUGAUUCUCUUGAUGCCUUGCAUACCAACUCUACACUAGACAAUGUUUGUUUGCUGAGUUCCUCAGAGCUUGAGCAGGAAAAACACUGUUAUUGUCGAAUUUUAGAAAUCCUUAUUAAUGUUUGGGCUUACCACAGUGCAAGAAAAAUGGUUUACAUAGAUCCACGAACUGGAUCUUCAGAAGAGCAGCACCCAAUUGAACAAAGAAAAGAAAUUAUAUGGGCAAAGUACUUUAAUCUUACAUUGUUAAAGAGUAUGGAUGAAGAUCUUGCAGAGGCGGCAGAUGAUGGCGACCAUCCAAGAGAGAGAUGGUUGUGGCCUUUAACUGGAGAAGUGCAUUGGCAGGGGAUUUAUGAAAGAGAGAGGGAAGAAAGAUAUAGGCAAAAGAUGGACAAAAAGAGGAAAACGAAAGAGAAACUGUAUGAAAGGUUGAAAUCUGGAUACAAACAGAAACCACUUGGGAGGAGAAAAAUCCUGCGAGUAUUGAAGCAGAGAUGAAUAUAAUCUGAAAUGCAACUGGAGCUGUACAAUUUUGGAAUGCUCGACGCGGCCUAACAUAGCUGCUAUACCUAUUUUCACUCAAUUGGGAAAUGGAGACAAGAUAUUGCAGAUGGAGAAGCAUAUAUUUUUGUAAUGGCUUCUAUCAAUUCUCAUUUUUGCUGAAUACUAGACACCUUUGGAAUGGAAGGGAGAAGAAAAAUAACCUUCCCAGAGAUUGCAGCUUAUGCUCACUGGAAAUCAAGGUGUUCUGAACAGAAGAAUUUAAAUCUACAUGGACCAAUGAUGGCGUCAUUAAUUCAAAUUCUUUUUCACCCAUUCGAAGUAUUAGGAAUCAUGUAUUCUUUCAUUAUAAUUGUACAUUCUUCCAACUAUGUAGAGGCAAUUUUUGUUCGGAAUAAGAAUAGCUUUCUGAUUCUUUUCUUA